GAUAAAGAUAGAGUCCAGUCGUGAUAAAUAAUUCAAUAACUUAUAACCAGAUUUAUGUUCUUUUUUACUUAUCGUAGUUUUGCGAUAUCACAACUUGUAGACGGCUUGUGCUACUCAGUUGUAAGGUGUAAUUCGUGGCAACAACUAGUCUACCACAUGUGAAGAAUUAAUUUACUAAGUUUAUUAUAAACAUUAAAUUCAAAAUAAGUUAUUGCUUCUUGAAAUGACUGAUCAGUGACUGGCAUCAUGUUAUAACUGAUGCAAAUUGUAAAUUGUAUGCUAGAUAUCGUUUCAGGAGAUUUAAUUACAUGAUCAAGCAGAAAGAGGAGAGUGCUCUGUCGCGCAUGGGUCGCGGUGGGCGCGCGCGGCUCGCGGCGCUGCUGGCCGCCGCCGUGUUGCUGUUGUGGGCGUGGGGCCGGCGAGUCCCCGGCACGCCGCCGGCACGAACGCCCGGGGACCCGCUGGAGGGCCGCUCUCUGCCUCUCAUCUUCAUCGGCGGAGUGCCGCGCUCCGGCACUACGCUGAUGCGCGCCAUGUUGGACGCUCACCCGGAAGUGCGGUGCGGCCAGGAGACCCGCGUGGUACCGCGCAUACUGCAGAUGAGACAGCACUGGAUGCGCUCCCCGAAAGAGAGCCUGCGCCUAGAGCAGGCCGGGGUCUCCAAGACGGUGCUCGACAAUGCGAUUGCCGCUUUCUGCUUGGAAGUGAUCGUGGGUCAUGGAGAGCCGGCUUCCCGUCUCUGCAACAAGGACCCCCUCGUCCUCAAGAUGGGGACCUACGUGCUGGAACUAUUUCCGAAUGCCAAAUUUCUAUUCAUGGUCCGUGACGGCCGCGCCACUGUACACUCGAUCAUUACCAGAAAGGUGACGAUAACUGGUUUCGACCUGACCAGCUACCGCCAAUGCCUCACCAAGUGGAACCAUGCGGUGGAGCUGAUGUAUCACCAGUGUAAGUCUUUAGGGCCGUCCCGCUGCCUGCUGGUCCGCUACGAGUCCCUGGUGCUGUCCCCGGAGCCGACCUUGAGGCGCGUGCUGUCCUUCCUGGAGCUGCCCUGGGACGAGGCGGUGCUGCAUCACGAGCGAUACAUCAACCAACCCAACGGCGUCGCGCUGUCCAACGUGGAGCGGUCGUCCGACCAGGUGGUGCGCCCCGUGAACCUGGACGCUCUCGACAAGUGGGUGGGUCAAAUCCCGGCCGACGUCCGCGCCGACAUGGCAGAGCUGGCCCCCAUGCUGUCCGUGCUGGGUUACGACCCCUGGGCCAACCCGCCGCGCUACGCCGACGGGCCGGACGUGUCGCUGGACCGGUCGCCCGACCGAUCUCCCGCCCGGUCGCUGGUCGUUUCUGAAUCUCUGGGGCCUAAUUCACCCUAAUAAAUAUAUUGUCUCCGAUGUUUGUAAUUAUUUCUCGAUGGUAUAAAUGUCGACGCGAAGACUUCGUAUAUUGUGUGUGCGUUCGGUGCUGUAUAUUGUCUGUUAGUGUUUGUUAGACUCCGGUCGAUCUGUGUGACGACGAAGUAAUAAACUAUUGUUGGUAAUAAAAAUACUUCUAUUUUAA